AUGUUCGCCAGCACGAUCGGCCAUCUGUUAAUGAUCGGAGAGUUCAUCUUUACGACGGGUCUGGUGAUUCACAUCUUGCUAUCCUCCCUCGCCGUAUACAAGGCCUGUAGCUCGUCGCUCGGUCGCUUACUACGAAACGCAUCACACCUGCUUGCCGUGAUCCUAAUGGCCGCGGGAUUCCUUGGAAGCAUGAUCAAGCCGCCACCAUCAGAGGAAUGCCCCGAUACUCCUAGCAACUUUACGCCAGACCGGGACGGAAUCGAAUUUCUCCAACGGGAGGUGCGCGAGCUCGCGAAGAUAUCGCCAGGCAUUUCGCAAGUGCACGGGACGUAUCACGUGGAUGUUGACGCUCUUUUUGCAGUUCGCGUGGCCGUCUCGAGCGCCUGUGCGGAUCUGAAGAUCGCGACCAUGCAAGAUUGGCUCCAGAAACUAGAGAUGGUUGAAGAUGUGAUGGCCCUGGGCGACGAUUGCCGCUCCUUCAAGUCACACAGCGCCGAGAGUGCCGGACCGCUCUUGCAACACCUGGCCAGCAUAGAGGCGAGCGCAAAGCGUGAGCUCGAUCACCGAGUAGGAUCUCAAUCAGCCGGCCAGAUUAGUGUUGCGAGUCUGGGGAACAUUGUAGACCAAUGCGCGGCUGCCAUUAGUACCAUCAAUGAGCUCCAAGUGUCCUCCAAAGCGGACGAUGUCUGCACUGGGGCUAUACCUCGCAUCGACGCAAUCUCCAAGCACGUGCGCACCGGAGACCAAGGUACGGUCCUCGCCGAUGUGGCGAAGCUGCAGUGCUCGCCAAAAGUAGUGGUGUGA